AUGCUCUCCAAACUGCCGCCCGAACUGCUGUAUCUCGUUUCUCUCUACCUCAGGACGACUGAUUGCUCCAAUUUAUCCCUGACUUGCUGGAAUAUCUACCAUGCUGUCGUACCAGCGUUGUUUAAAAGCAUUCGCAUCCUCGAUCUAUUUUCCGCAGAGCAUCUCUCGCAUCUGCUCAGGGGAUGCCCCCUUAUCAAGGCUGCCGCGAGGCAUAUCACUCUGGCUCUGUGGGACUCCGACUUCGCUCUUUCGUCCAUCGAAAUCUACAGUCAAAUGUCAUCGUUUCUGAAUCUAACAUCGCUGCGCCUGGAUAUCAAUACGGCGCCACUUCUCUGCUGGAUGGUGCGGCUCGACGGGAUGUUCCUCGCGCUGAACUCUCGGGACGUCGCUCAACUGGAGCUCAAGAUCACUGAUUGGCUCGACGCGCAUAACAAACAGAUGCCAGCUAUCUGGUCCAACGCCCCUGUCCCCUACCACUGUCCCCCGAACCUCGCCGUCCUUCGCAUCACCAUCAUGAUCUCCGUCGGCAACAUGGACUCGAGUAGACGACAGCAUCAGUGGCCGUGGCUCUCGUUCUUCGACACGACCCUCGCAUCGAAGGCUACGCUCACGACUCUGUCGCUGAAUAUCAACCACAACGACGGUGCCUUAACCACGCCUCUCGCCCGGGACCCCCUCUUCAAGAUUUUGAAGCAGCUCAAGCGGCUGGAAAUUCUGCAAGUGCAGCGGAUCGACCGCCCACACGGUUCGCAAGCACAUCUCGACGCGGCCCUGGCCCUGGCGCAGCCAGACGUGUGCCCUGCGCUGCGUCGCAUCGACUGGAACCUCUCCGGACCCACGCACAUGAUCGACAUCGCACGGGAGACGGGCGCGGUGUCUGACACGCUCAAAAGCGAAGUUGCAAGCUCACUGGUGGCGUUUCUCCUUACCGCAAUAUCGCUUCCAUUUUAUAUCCAAAGACUCUGA